UCUUUAAUUUUGUUUCUAAUAAACACUACAAAUUUUCGGAAGAGCCCAGCAGCUCAGCUAGUGAGGCAUCACUGGCGGAGAAGAAGAGCACCACCACUAUCGCUGCCACAACUAAUCUGCAAAAAGCUGAAUAGCCAAUCGUAUCACAAGUCACAAAAGUACGCUUCGUUCUAUCUCCCCCCAGUCGGAGCUCCGCCACCACAAAAUUUCCGAUGUCGUACUCCGCCCAAAAUUCAGUUGUUAAGCAGCAGAAGUUCAUAAUACCGAACAAAUAUGGUGAAAAACUUGUGGGCAUUCUACAUGAUACUGGAUCUAAGGAGAUCGUAUUCUUAUGCCAUGGCUUUCGUUCCUCAAAGGAAGAUCAAACGAUGGUGAACCUUGCUGUUGCAUUAGAAAAUGAAGGAAUCAGUGCUUUCCGUUUUGACUUUGCUGGAAAUGGGGAAAGUGAAGGUUCAUUUGCAUAUGGCAACUAUUGGAGAGAGGCUGAUGAUUUACGUGCUGUAAUCGAACACUUAUCUAGGGAAGAUCGUGUUGCUAGUGUGGUUCUUGGCCAUAGUAAAGGUGGCGAUGUGGUGCUCCUUUAUGCUUCGAAAUAUCAUAACAUCAGUGCAGUUGUCAAUGUUUCUGGCCGUUAUGAUCUGAGAAAAGGUAUUGAGGAACGGUUUGGCAAGGACUUCAUGGAAAAAAUAAAGAAAGAUGGAUUCAUUGAUGUUAAGGACAAAGCAGGAAAUUUUGAUUAUCGUGUGACUCUGGAAAGUUUGAUGGAUCGCCUGAAUACAGAUAUGCAUAAAGCCUGUCUUCUGAUUGAUAAAGAGUGCAGGGUCUUCACUGUCCAUGGAUCGGCUGACGAAGUCAUUCCUGUGGAAGAUGCGUUUGAGUUUGCAAAGAUCAUACCAAAUCACAAAUUACACAUCAUAGAAGGAGCUAAUCAUUCAUACACAGCACACCAAGCUGAGUUGUCAUCUGCUGUUUUGAGCUUCAUGAAGGAAACCUUGCAGCAGGACAAGGGUACCCCUAGCUAGGUGCUUCUGUGUUGAUAUGAUAGCAACAUAGAAUCUGAUGGCAUUCACUUCCUGUUGUUCGAGGUGGAACCUUUCCAUAAACUUAAUGAUAAAUGUAUAAAAAGAUUACCGAUGUAAUUGAUAACAUUUAUUGUGUUUUUAAUCAUCAUGUAAUGCAGUAAGAUUAUACAGCAUGAAAAUUUUUUUCAACCCCGAAAA